AAUCGUUCCAUGGGUCAUAACAACACCUGGAAAUGACCAACAACCACCACCAAAACCUUUCACUGCUACCAAAGCCACCAACCUACACCUGCCUCAAGAUCCUCAGCCAAUUGACUACUUCAGCCAGCUUGUUGACCAUGACGUCCUUCAACUCAUAGCUGAUGAGACAAACAGGUAUGCAGCACAAAAGAUCACGGAGCUAGAGGCAGCUGGGAGACUUACCAGGAGAUCACGGUUCA